CUCGCCCACCUCGCUUGCCCACUCGCUCACCCGCACUCUCUGCACAACCGCACCGCACACCACCCACCCGCACCCACCUCUCUACCAUGUCUGACGCAAAGGCUCGUGGCGGCAAGGCAGGCGCCGCCGCACCCGCCGCCAGCAAGGGCGACAAGAAGAAGGCCGUCACCCAGAGCUCCAAGGCCGGCCUGCAGUUCCCCGUCGGCCGCAUCCACCGCCACCUCAAGGCCCGCACGCAGAACCACGUGCGCAUCGGCGCCAAGGCGGCCGUGUACACGAGCGCCAUCCUCGAGUACCUGACGGCCGAGGUGCUCGAGCUUGCCGGCAACGCCUCCAAGGACCUCAAGGUGAAGCGCAUCACGCCGCGCCACCUGCAGCUCGCCAUCCGCGGCGACGAGGAGCUCGACAGCCUCAUCCGCGCCACCAUCGCCGGCGGCGGUGUGCUGCCGCACAUCCACAAGACGCUCAUCAAGGCCAGCGGCAAGGGCAGCAAGAAGGCGGCCGCGUCCGGCACGGACUAGGCGCGCAUUGCUGCUGCUGCCGUCGCCGCCUCUCCUCGAGCAUCGCCGGGCUGCCUGUAUUUGCCCCCGCCGUUCCGUCCACCCUGCUCAGCCCUGGCUUGAGAGAUUCCCCUGCGUCGCGGUGCCGGCCUGCGCGCGCCAGGCCACACCGGAUGCUGCGCUGGCCCACCCGUCUCCCUCAUCCGUGGCGCGUGUCACUGAUUGUUAUAUGUAACUGUACUUUUUCGCCUCUCAAUCGCCCUGCACUUUGCCGUGACAUGGCGACAGAAGGCCCGGCGCCGUGCGCAUCUAGUGG